AUAAGUGAGGUCAAUAGUAAGUUAUAUCGCCCGAUAAAAGACGUGUUGUAACAUGGGACAGCAGCUUGUUUGAAAAAAUACACACCGGUGGAUGUUUUCUUUUCUUCUGCUUCAACUAUUGUAAUACUACUGAAGACUUGCAUGAUAUAACUAUACUUUGAUAGAUUUGUGAAUUCAGCCUCCGUGUACUACCGAAAACUUUGUUGAUGUGGAUUAUCUUAUCGUAUUCAAAUGAACGAGAUAUGACCUUGGUUGUUACUUUGCUGAUAUAUGACUAUUUCUAUGACCGAUCUUUGUGCGACAGGACAACAAUAUUAAAGGAGGGAUAGCAGUAUUGUGUGCUUAGGAUUCCUCACCGGCGAGUCGUGACUAAUUGUGACGUCACAAUGGAGGUUCGUCAUCGGUUAACACGUGGUACCAAGCGAUGGUUCAUCCUGACCGGUGUAUUCUUCGUAUCGUUCCUGGAGACCGGUACCGUGCGGUCGUUCGGGGUGAUAUUAAAUGAUAUGACGUCAGACUUCGGGACCUCCACGGCCUACAUUGGAACUAUCAUCGGCAUGGCCCAUGGGGCUACGUAUUGGUUAUCGGUAUUGAACACCCCUCUUCUAAGGCGGUUCUCUGUCCGUCAGGUAGUCAUGGCUGGUGGCCUGAUUGGAUCACUAGGUCUCAUCUUAUCAGCCUUUGCAAUGAAAGGAUCACUCUUCGCUGCAGCUCUGUUUUUGUUUGGGAUCGGCUUUAGCACAGUGGUUUUACCAGCAAACUCCAGUCCCGUGGAUUACUUCCCUGAUCUGUUUGAAAUUGCCUCAAGCAUCAACCUGACAGGUGGAGGUAUUGGUCUUAUGAUUCUACCGCUUCUUUUUGAGGUCUUUGUCACCAGCUAUGGUUGGAGGGGUGCCUUGAUGCUCCUAGGAGCCAUUAAUCUUAAUACACUCGUGAGUGGCGCCCUCUUAGAACCAGUCCCAAAGGCAGAGGAGUCAGCAACAGGAGAAUUGCCUCUGGAUGACACAAUGGAGAUGGAGAGGGAGAGCAAAAGGGAGCACAGUGGACAUUGUUCAUCAGGAGCAUGCGGGAGGGUAGAAGAAGAAAAUGGUACAACUGAUUUGUAUGUUGAUUCAGAAGGUGAGACAGAUGAUCUGAUACUUCAUGAACAUACUGGCAAUGGUCAUCUGAGACACUCUGAAAACACCAACACCAAUUGCAAAUCAGAUGGCAAAGUUCUUAUACGUCGCAUCAGCGAUACCGAAGAUGCACCCCCCAAUGGCUAUACAAGCUUUGGCUCCGAAGUGGAAAACUCGGACAGCAAACAUCACCACGAACUAGUAGCAUCGUACAAUACAACCUCAAACAGUGUAUCUGUCAAAGAGGCAAUCGCCUCUGAAGACUGUCCAAAAGACAACCCAAAUCGGACUUGUUUUGGAAGAUGGUGCCACAGCAUUGCCGAGUUAUUUGACCUCUACCUCUUCAAGGAUUACCCAGUCUUUUUUGGCAUAUGCCUCGCAACAAUCCUCUUUGGAGUCUCCUACGAUGGCUGGGUUCUCUUUGUUAUUCCUAACGCAGAAGCGAAGGGCUUCGACUCACAGAUGUCCGUCUACGUCGCGACAGCCGGCGGCGUCGGGAAUAUAUUCGGACGCUUCUGCAUUGGCUUCUUCACAGCCAAGAAGUUCAUUCCUAACGAGGUCGCGUACCUCAUCAUGAACCUUUUAUCUUCAGUCGCGUUUUUCAUCAAUUACGGUGCCACUACUUUCUGGUUUCUGUCUCUGCUGUCUUUCGUAAAUGGUUUUUCUCUAGGAGCCAAGACAUCGCUGCAGUUCAUCAUUGUCAAUGGUUCUGUUGCCACUGAGAGGUACAAGGCAGCCGUCUCUAUGCUUCUUGUCUCUCUUGGUAUUGGGUUUCCAAUUAGUGGCGCCCUCUUAGGUGGUAUCUAUGACAGGACCAAGUCAUAUAACAUCUCCUUCUGUGUCAUUGGGUUUAUUGAUGUCAUCUGCGGGAUUCUCAUAACAGCACCUCUGAUAGCAGCAGUGAUAAGGAGACGAAAGAGCAGAGAUUCCUCACCAAGGGAAGUAUCUGUUUAGCCCUCAGACAUUCCCCUGGGAAUCCUUGAAUACAUUGCCCCAGGAAUCCUUGAAGACAUUGCCCCAGGAAUCCUUGAAGACAUUGCCCCAGGGAUCCUUGAAGACAUUGCCCCAGGAAUCCUUGCAGACAUUGCCCCAGGAAUUCUUGAAGACAUUGCACCAGGGAUCCUUGAAGACAUUGCCCCAGGAAUCCUUGCAGACAUUGCCUCAGGAAUCCUUGAAGACAUUGCCCAAGGAAUUCUUGAAGACAUUACCACAGGAAUCCUUGCAGACAUUGCCUCAGGAAUCAUUGAAGACAUUUUUCCAUGAAUCAGGGGUAUUGAUUUCGAAAGCAUCAUAUGCAGGGCUCUCUUUAUCUACAUGUAUCCUUGCCAGCAUUGUCCAAAAGGCAGAAAGAGCAGAGUCCUUACCAAUGAAAGUACCUGUAAAAUCCUUUAAUAUAAUUAUUGCCUUAAUAAUUCUUGAGGACAUUUUUCCAUGAAUCAGGGAUGUUGGUGUUAAAAGCAGGGCUCUCAUUACCUAUCCUAACCAGCAUUGUCCAAAAGACUGGAAGUGAGAUCUUACCAGGGGGAGUGCUGGUGUAACACAUACAGAUGUCCAGAAGGCAGUAAUCUCCGUGAAAGACUUUAUUCCCACAGUUCCAGUUAAUAUACAAUGUCCAUUCAUAGGUAUUAUCUUUGGGGAUAGUCUUCACCAGACCUGUAAUAGUAAUAGUGUCCAUGAGAAGUCCCGGUGGACACCAUGGAAGACAUCACUCCAAGUAUUCUGGAAGACUGCAUUCCUUGCCGAGUGGAUUAGAGGAGACAUCAUGUUUGCCAAAUCUAAGAAUUGCAGCAUGUCAGGCAAUGUCUCCCAGAGACUAAAAUAUAUCUAUCUACUUUCAAUGUUGUAUGUGAUCCGGUGCAUUGCGAUUUUUCAAGAAAUCACAUUUUGCAUUAAAUAUAAAAGUUCCAAGAAGAAAAAUUUUAUUUAAAGUUUGGCAUGUUGUUAGGAAAACUAAAAUCAUAUUUUUUGUGGCAAGCCCUAUAUGGUCGGAGUAAAGUCCAAAUCGGCUUCAAGUCGCAGGCGAUGUCAUUACGAUUUGGAAUUGAAUUUGUUUUUAUUCAUUUAGGGAGGCCCUAAAUGGACUGAACUUGGAUUUCAGUAGUCCUACUACUAAUGUGAACUCUGAUCCGUAAUAUUUUAUUGGUUGGAAUGUUCGUACCAAAUGUUAUCACAAUUAAUUUGAAAUUCGGAUCGCAACGAAUCGCAUAGUGUGAGACAGGCUUUCUGUAAUGUUAGAGUGGCAAUUUAUCUCUGAUAUGUAUUAAAUAAUCAUUUUCUGUUAAUCUCUCUCUUCAGGGCCCCAUUUCAUUAAGAGUUGCUAUGAUAGCAAAUCUUGCUGGAAUGUCAACUACCACGGCGAUUAGUAUACAUUGAAAUCAAGCAAAAAGAAUAUUCAGAUAGCCAUGAUAUAAAGUUACUGCAAUGUAUUUGUUCACAUCAUACACACAAAAUACAUACAUGUAUAGGUUUUUUUUAUCAAUUUCACAUAAUGUAUGAAGCGCAAUUUUCCCUCACACAAUAUAGACAAGGGCUCCAAUGUCUAUUUUCUUCACUGAACCUAACGUUAUUUUGUCAAAAGGACUCCACGAAAAGGCAGCAGCCAGAGUAGAGGAUCUUUGCCUCACGUGUGGAAGGGAAAUUGGCUUGGUUGAUUGGUGGUUUCAUCCUGUUGAAACGUGUUGUAGCAUUUAGCGUCCCCGAAGACAUUCUCAUUAUGUAACACAAGAAUCCCUACUAUCUGAACAAAGUGAUAUUCAAAAGGCUUAAACUUUUGAUCAUGAAGGUAGCAUAAUCUAGAUAUUCACAUUUUCCAACCCC